GCCACAGAUCACUUCUGUUCAGCUUCCUCAUAGUUUCACACCUGCAUGAAGCAGCCUCACCCUGACAGCUUCAAAUCACUGUGUCAGCUGAUCACUUCCUGUCCUGUGAUUGGCUGAGCUUCAGGCCUUCUCUCAGUCAAACUGGAAACAGGGAUUGAGACAGUGUGAGGGUUUGUGGAGUGCCACAGUGCUGUAAUGAAUACUGUAGUGGAAGAAGUUCUUUCACACUCUUCAUCCUGGAGCUGCUUUAUGUCCAUGGUCUGCAUGGAAACACAUCUAUGGAGAGGAAAUCCAGCUGCUGAGGGUCACAUCUGCAUCAUUGUAGCUACAGUGGAUGUUUCAGUGUCAGGACUGAAGGUGGAGCUUUGUGCGUGUCAGGGUGAGGCCGCAGCAGCCGCCUCCAACCGGAGCGCUCGGGCGUGAAACUAGGAGGAAAGCCGACGUCCUCCUCUUUCCUCAGAAGUGAUCUGUGGCCGGCCGGACUUCAUUCCACAGAUGUGCUUUAACAAAGUGUGAAGCUGAACUCCGUGACAGUGUGAGCAGUGUGAGAGUGUCAGUAGAUGAUCAGCAGAGGAAAGUGAGAGCUGCUGUGAGCUGAUGUCCUGAAGGGCUUUUAAAGAAUCUCUGAGUUUGACAGGAACAUGAAGAUGUUUGUGGUGUUUGUGAUCCUCCUGCACGUUUCCCAGCAUGCUCUGGCUGUGUUGGUGGAGGUGAAUGAGGGGGAAAGAUCUGUCCUGCUGCCCUGUCACUUCUCAGGUUUAAUACCUGUGGACCCCACAGUAACAUGGACUCGCAAUGAUCUCAAUCCCAAUUCUGUCCAUGUGAGACAAGAAGAAACAGACGAUCUCAGAGGACAAAACCAGCUUUACAGCAGACGCACAUCAAUGAGACCUGAUGCUCUGGACUCUGGAGACUUCAGCCUCACUCUGAAAAACCUGCAGCUGACUGACAGCGGAAAAUACACCUGCACACUCAGCAAUGAAAGAAAUAAAGUUAGAGUGGGAGAUGUACAGCUGCAGGUCAAAGGUCAGCAGUACAGUGUAACUCUGCCUGUAAGAAGCUGAAACAGCCGAAAUCAAACAAAUCAAUGUUCAUCCAAAGUGUCCUGAUGAUAGUCAUAACAGUCUAACAGUCACGG